GGGCUGUGACGUCACGACGAGUGAGGAAGCGAGAAGGGGGAGGAGAAGAGCUAAGCUGAUUUGGUUGAAGAGGAUCUUUAUGCCACUGGAAAGAGGAGCGACACAAGCGGUGUUGGAUCCUUAGGCAUUACAGACAUGGCCCUGAAUCGGAAUCAUUCGCACAACGGCGGCGUUUUAAUCAACAACGGAGAGAGUGUGCUAAGGCAGUGCCGAAAUGUGGAGCUCACCUUCAGUGAUGUCACUAGCAAGAUGGAAUUGCUCCGGGGUACGAAGAAAGGCACUGUUUACCUAACACCAUACAGGAUGCUGUUUGUGUCCAGCAAUAGCAAAGACUGUCUGGGCUCCUUCAUGUUUCCAUAUUACUUGAUGAAGGGCUGCAGCAUCGAACAGCCAGUGUUUGCCGCCAACUACAUCAAGGGCACUAUCAUGGCCGAAGCGGGCGGGGGUUGGGAAGGAAAAGCAAAUUUCAAGAUGUCAUUCACCUCCGGUGGUGCGAUAGAGCUGGGGCAGCAUCUCUUUAAGCUGGCAACCAAUGCAUCUCGUGCCCCUCCUCCUCAAAACGGAGGGCCUUCAUUCGGGUACCCCUCCCCAGGAGCCAUGAAUGGUUAUGGGGUGCCCCCAGCUCCCUACGGGUACCCAUAUGCCCCCCCGGCAAAUGGCUAUCCUCCAGUACCUCCUGCCAACAUGGCCUAUAUGUACCCACCACCACCCCCUGCAGGAAUGUACCCAUCAGCCCCUGUCUUCAUGCCAGAGCCCCCACCUUAUCCUGGCCCCCCCCAGAACUGGACAGCUCCUCCUACAGGAAAUCCUAAGGCAAUGGAAGCUGCAGGCAGUGCAUACUACGACCCCAACAAGCCACACAGUGUCUACAUGCCCAUGGACCAACCUCCACCCUAUUCCCCAUACCCACCUCAGUCUGACAAGAAGAACAACUGAGGCAAACAGGCAGUAGGUGAAAAGUGCUCCAUCUUACUGUAAAAUUACCAACAUCUUCUAAUUUGGGGAAAUGAGAAACCAUUUAAAUAUUUUGCAAUAAUUAUGCUAUACUCAAAGCUUUCAUUCAGUCUUUUUCAUCUAUACACAAUGAACCUUCUGACCCAGAUUGUGCUAAUCAGGUUUCAGUGUGAUCAUGUGAUUUGUGUUGGUUUGACAGGGAUGCAUGCUUCAGUCUGUAAGAAUGACAGAAUGGCUGGGCUCUGCGUUUGAGUAACGGGGACCUGGGUCAACAUGGCUUCUCUGUUUACCCCAGUUGGGUUUUUUUUUUACCUGCAAUGCCUCUACUGCAACGUGCAGGUCUUAGAGCAAGUAUAUUUAUACAAAACGCAAUUGUUAAUGAUUUUUAUAAAGUAGAAAACUCAGCUGCAUUGUUUUCAAAUUGGCGUCCUAAAGUCUAAGUACAGCAGUGGAAUUCCUGUUUUUACCGAUGAUGUCAAAAUGCCGUGAAUAUAUUCAAGUAACAAAUAGCUUUUUCCUCAUGUAAUUCAGGCUUCAUAGUUAAUGACUGGAAAAAUAUUCUACGUGACUUUUUUCUUCUCAAUUGUUUCAGCUACUUGUCAAUUAAUUUAUAAUGAUACAGUGUAUGAACUGGUUUAGUUUAUGCAUUUAGAAUAAAUGUUAAAUUCUGUAUAGAUCUAUUAAGGUUUCAAAAAUAGUAAAUUUCUAUGACUUUUUCUCACUUAAAAUUGUCUUUUUUACAAUUUAUUGGUAAAUAAGCAAAUACUUGUAGUAAUUGUUAAUAAAUGUUUUACCCAUGA